AUGAUGCACAAGAGUCCACAGGCAUGGCCUUAUCCGAUUGAUGUUGUGGAGUACUUCAGAUUGCUUCCAAAGGAUUUGAAGAUACAUCUGUAUAAAGCACCUAUAUUUGCAGUUUCUUUUCUCAAAAUUUUUGACGAGGACACCAGAAGAUUUGUAAUGGAUCUUGUUCUGAGGUCGCCUUCGAUUGGAAUGCUGAGGGAAGUUGAUGGAGUGAAGAAUAUGCUGAAAACACUGUUGAAGGUGCAAGUGAUUGAAAAGAAGAGAAACAAUAUAUACCUGGAUGAAGACUUCAGAAAGUCGCUGAUGGAUGGAUUCUGCAUGCUUGUGAUGGAGAAGUACUAUCGGAAGACACAUGAAACCAUUGCUAUGGACGAAGAAAGAAGCAGCCAGAUGUUUGAGUCGAUUCUAAGGUUUAUUGUGAAUAAGGAGUUUAAGAGCCAUGCAUUUGGAAUCAACGAGAUUGUUGUGUUUGGAGGGCUACUUGAUAAGCAAAAGAACAUUACGAACAGAGGAUUUGAAUUUCUGCUGAAGACAAAGAAGGAGCAGCUGUGGUGCCUUGUGUUGCUUUCGCUGAAGUAUUUUGCCAGCUCUGUUGAGGAAGAGGUUGCUGCUGUUGAGGCAUUCUUUGAGUUAAGCGCAAAGACAGUUGGAGUGCUGUAUGAUCAAGUAUGUGUGGUGAAUGGCAGAUUACUGAAGUAUUUUGAGGCACUUGGAAUACUGAAGAUGCAUGGAGAAAAGCUGGCCGUUGGAAAGAAUCUUUUACGGAUGUUUGAAGCUUCAGAGCGUAGCAAGAGGGAGUUUGUGAUAGUUGAAACAAACAACAGAGUAUAUGCAUAUACAAGCUCUGAGUAUGAAAAGUCUGUGAUCCAUUUGUUUUGCGAUGUUAUAGCGAGGCUUCCGAACCUGAUCAAGGGAAUGAUAACUGAAGAAAGCACGAAUGCAGCAUUUGACAAGGGAAUUACAGCAAGGCAAAUAAUACACUUUUUAGAGUCUAGUAUCAAGAUUGGAGAGUUGCCAGAGACUGUUUGCAGCCAGAUAGAAAUUUGGGAAUCGAAGAGAAAUAAGAUAUUUAUGGUUCCUGGGUAUCUGUAUUCGAACUUCCUGAAUUUUUCUGAUUAUCAAAAAGUGCUAAAAUUCUGUGUGGAUGGAAGCCAUCUCGUUGAAUCUGAUGCAGAUAAGAGGAUUAUUGUUGUAAAGCUUGAUGGGCAUAGCCUUGUAAAAGAGUUCAUGAAGACGAUUCUUUGA